AAAAGAGAGGCGGAUUGGUAUUGUUCCUGUGUCUGACAUGAUGGAAUGUGUUGAUAGAACGUGUGAUGUUUGGAGCCGCAGGGACUUUCUGGGUAAGGGAAAUCCCUAGCGAGUCUUGGCGUGGUUCCUAGCGGCAUAAAUUUCAUUCAGUCAUGGAGAGGUCACGUUUUCGAUACCCAUGCACGUUUUUUUGGGGGGCGUCAUGAAUAGAUAGUUAUAAGGAUGGUCGAGAUCAAAGCAGACUUCCUCGCUGCAGGUGGGAAUCGGCACCCUUCGGCGGCGGACUGGGAUCAGAACUCAGACUUGCUGGUGUUUGGAGCCAGCAACAAUGUUGCAGUGUGGAGUCCACUAGACACAUCAUAUCAUGGCAUCCAUGCCCUUCUGCCUGGCCACACCGAUACCGUCAGCGCCAUCAUGUUUCUCUACACUCCUAACUCAACACCCCUCUUUAUCAGCGGCGCCGCAGACAAGACAUUGCGCAUAUGGAGUCCUGAUCCAUCCUCGCCGAAUGGUUUUAUCUGUUCCCAAGUCCUGACUGACCACUCAGCAUCGAUCCAUUCCAUCGCAACGGUGCCUGGUAGUACCACUUUCACCACCGGCGCUGCAGACGGCACUGUGAAGAUAUGGCGCAGCGUCUUCGACGACGCUGGGUCGUUCGUGAAAGCAGAUCUAGUACAUAGUAUUACCUUGAUCCCCCGGCAUUUUCCAUUGUGUCUAGCCGUGGCUCAGUUGGACUCGGAGACCAUGGUAUUAGCAAUCGCGGGCACCAGGACAGCGAUCCAGGUCUACAUCUUUGCGGACUACGGGUACUCACUUGAGGCAACAUUAACGGGACAUGAAGCAUGGAUCAGAUCCUUGUCUUUCACACGAGAAACGUCUGACGCAAACUCCGACCUGCUCCUGGCAUCCGCGAGCCAGGACAAGUACAUCCGAUUAUGGCGCAUCCACGCCGGACAGGAACUUCCGCCGAGCUCGAGGGCUGCUAAUGAUCCGUCCCUGGGCGUAUUGGGGAAGUCGCUGUCGAACAAAGCGCAUAGAUUCGAUACUCAGGAGAAUUUCUAUUCGCUUACCUUUGAAGCGCUUCUUCUUGGACAUGAGGAUUGGAUAUUUACUGCGAAUUGGCACCGUCAAGGUCCUAACCUUAGACUUUUGUCGGCAUCUGCAGAUAAUUCCCUCUCGAUAUGGGAAGCUGAUCCGGCGUCUGGGGUGUGGAUUUGCACGACGAGACUUGGCGAGAUCAGUGCUCAGAAAGGUUCGACGUCAGCAACGGGCAGUACGGGUGGCUUCUGGAUCGGCCUGUGGUCUCGUGCUGGAGACUCCGUUGUGAGUCUUGGUCGGACAGGGAGUUGGCGUUUGUGGAAUUACGACAAGACGAAGGAUAUGUGGAUGCAGGAUGUUGCUAUCACAGGGCAUACGAAAGAGGUGAAGAGUGCAUGUUGGGCUGCCGACCACACUUAUGUCAUCUCCACCGGAUCUGACCAGACGACGCGGUUAUUUGCAGAGUGGACGGGAAACGGUAACAGAUCGUGGCACGAAUUCUGCCGACCCCAGAUCCACGGUUACGAUCUAAAUUGCGUAAGUUCUAUAGGGCCGGGCCGAUUCGUGUCGGGCGCAGAUGAGAAGCUCCUCCGAGUUUUUGAUGAACCAUCAGCAGUUGCCAACUUACUGGAACGUCUAUGCGGAAUAAAAACACACACUGAGGGGAAGCUCCCCGACGCUGCCAACAUCCCAGUCCUUGGCUUAUCCAACAAAGCCAUACAAGCUGUCGAAGACAAUGCGGAUGUAGAUGACCAGGACGAUGAACGCAUACCCAUCGACCCAGCUUCCGUCGUUCUCAAGUCGACGCUAGAUAUCCGCCACCCUCCACAUGAAGACCAUCUCGCCCGACACCUACUCUGGCCCGAAACAGAAAAGCUGUACGGGCACGGCUAUGAAAUAUCCGCAGUCGCUGCAUCUCAUAAUGGGAAAGUUGUAGCAACAGCCUGCAAAGCAAGCUCGAUCGAUCAUGCCGUCAUCAGACUAUACGAGACAAAGGAAUGGAGAGAGGUCAAGCCGGCACUCACCGCACACACCUUGACAGUCACUGGCCUAGCAUUCUCACACGAUGAUGAGUAUCUGCUCAGCGUGAGUCGCGACAGACAAUGGGCAGUGUUUCAACGCAAUAGCGAGAACGAGAACGAAUACAAGCUCGCAGCGUGCAAUCCCAAGGGCCAUUCGCGAAUGAUCCUCGAUGGCGCAUGGGCACCGGGUGCUGGCCCUCGACUCUUUGCAACUGCUGGCCGAGACAAAGCCGUCAAGAUCUGGAAACUUGAGGGCAAGGAGGCUACGGUGGUGCAGACACUUGCUGCUUCGACGUCAGUCACUGCUGUCGCUUUUGCGCCUGACGUUGUACAUGAGAGCUAUGUGUUGGCGUUUGGGCUUGAAGAUGGGGCGGUUGGCAUUGUACGCAUUAGGUGUGGUGACUUGAGUGUUGCUUCGGCCGAUACGAUGGAUCGUGCGAUUGCACCCACGAAGACGGUCAAUGAACUGUCGUGGCGCAAGAUUAGAGGAGAGACCAUGCCUGGUAGCGAGAGCUCCACAGGGGUAGAAUUGCAAUUUGUCGUAGCUAGCGACGAUGCGUCUUUGCGGUUGUUCAAGAUAAGCGAUUUGCUGUCCUAGGAGAUGCCAAAACAUCUUGAGGACAUGAAAAAUGUUUACAAAGCAAUGAAUACCCAAUUUGAUGUGACUUUACACAUGAAACAAGCUUCCUUAACCCUGAUACUACGCUGUAUACAUCCGAAGAAGACGCAAAAAAGGUCAUAAAAAUACAAUGCCAAGCCUCC